AUGUCUGGUCACAACCACCAUCAACACGGGAGCCCCGAAGGCUUAGAGAACAACUUCAUUGAUAUGACCGAUUGGACUGUCCGCGAUGUCUCUCGUUGGAUCGCCGAGAUUGGACAUGCUCAAUACUGCAAUAACUUCAAGGGCACGUAUCUACUACUCUUCUCUGCCGUAAACGAGACUGUACUUGGUCUGGAUCUCAAAUCGGUCCCGGGGACGGAAGCUAAUUUGAUGGUGUUUACAGAACACGAUAUUAAUGGCGAGUGUCUUCUCAAGAUGACUCACCGUCUUCUUCGAGACAUUGACGUCGAGUCUGUUGGUCAUCGUAUCAGCAUCCUCAAUGCCAUCAACGAUGCUCAGCUCCCACAUUCUCCUCAGCACGACGAGUAUGUCCCUCAUACAGAAGCUACUUGCGUUCCAAUUGCCCAAUACCAAAACCUCGAAUCAAGUUUCAAGAAAUGCGAACAGCAAAUCGAGGGUAUUGGAAGGGAACUCAGAAGGUCCAAGGAGGAGGUCGCAGUUGCUUGGGAGCUUCUUGCCGAAGAAAUCAAUAGAGGAGCUGAAAUCAAAACGGAAUUGAUCCGGGUCAAAAGGGUCUAUCAUCGUCUUUGUGAGGAUAAAGGGAUUGAAACUGAAAGUGGGUUUCUUGAAUUUCUCCAAUGGAGAGAUGAGAUGAGAAGAGAUGUCAGGGACGCUGAAAAAGAGAAUGGUCUCGCCGGAGAUUCGGCCGGGCAUCAUGAUGCUACUAUUCAAGCCCAAGCCCAAGAUGACCACCAACGUCCAACAAAUAUCUCUCGAGGUCGCGAAGAGUUUGAAACUUUCGAUGAAAGGACCAGUACUCCCUUCCAGAAAGCUUCGGAAAUGCUCGAGCGCACUCUCAAGGCUCUCAAAGUCGCAGACAACCACCAGGACUGGGACCUGUGGGUUCGAUACGGAAACAGGCAGAUCAGAUUGAAACCUGAUGAUUUUCCGGUCAAAGUUUGUCGAGAUUUUCGAAAGACCUACAAACCCGAAGAAGUUGUGAUUCUAGCCAGGCACAAGAAUGCCUGCAGGGGGUCUGGAUAUGCUGUUCAGACUGAUGACUGA